GAUUUAUGUACACUCAAUUGAGUCACUACUAUAAAUUCAUUCCCUCUGGACAAAUUUGCUCACCCCAAAACAAUACACAUUUCUCUAUCUUUCUUUGCAAGACAACACAACCCAGCCAUGGUUGCCUCAGUCUCAGCUGUUAGAGCUGUCAGUGGAACACCAUUGAGUUUGAAUAGCUCUGGAGCAGUAGCUUCAGUUCCAAGUUCAUCAUUCUUUGGAACCAGCUUAAAGAAAGUUACCUCGAGGUUACCAAACACAAAGGUUUCAUCUGGAAGAUUCAAAAUUGUUGCUGCUGAGAUUAAUGAAAGCAAGCAAACUGACAAAGACAGAUGGAGAGGUUUGGCCUAUGAUACUUCAGAUGAUCAACAAGACAUCACAAGAGGGAAGGGUAUGGUUGAUACAGUUUUCCAAGCACCACAAGAUUCUGGAACUCAUUAUGCAGUCAUGAGUUCUUAUGAGUACAUUAGUACUGGACUUAGACAGUACAACCUUGACAACACCAUGGAUGGUUUUUACAUUGCACCUGCUUUUAUGGACAAGCUUGUUGUACACAUCACUAAGAACUUCUUGACUCUGCCUAAUAUCAAGGUUCCUCUCAUUCUUGGUAUCUGGGGAGGUAAAGGUCAAGGAAAAUCUUUCCAAGCUGAGCUUGUCUUUGCCAAGAUGGGCAUCAACCCUAUCAUGAUGAGUGCUGGAGAGCUAGAAAGUGGAAAUGCGGGAGAACCAGCAAAACUAAUUCGACAAAGAUACAGAGAAGCAUCAGACAUAAUAAGAAAAGGGAAAAUGUGUUGUCUCUUCAUAAACGAUCUUGAUGCAGGAGCCGGUCGUAUGGGUGGAACAACACAGUACACAGUGAACAAUCAAAUGGUAAAUGCAACACUUAUGAACAUUGCUGAUAACCCAACAAAUGUUCAACUUCCUGGUAUGUAUAACAAAGAAGAGAAUGCACGUGUGCCUAUCAUUGUUACUGGUAAUGAUUUUUCAACAUUGUAUGCUCCUCUUAUUCGUGACGGUCGUAUGGAGAAAUUCUAUUGGGCACCUACAAGAGAAGAUCGUAUUGGUGUUUGUAAAGGGAUUUUUAGACAUGAUAAUGUUCCUGAGGAAGAUGUUGUUAAGAUUGUUGACACUUUCCCUGGUCAAUCCAUUGAUUUCUUUGGUGCACUUAGGGCAAGAGUAUAUGAUGAUGAAGUGAGAAAGUGGAUUGCUGGUGUUGGCAUUGAAACCAUUGGGAAAAAGCUUGUGAACUCAAAAGAAGGACCUCCAACUUUUGAUCAACCCAAGAUGAGUUUGGAGAAACUGUUGGAGUAUGGUAACAUGCUUGUCCAAGAACAAGAAAAUGUGAAGAGAGUUCAAUUGGCAGACAAGUAUUUGGAAGGGGCUGCUCUUGGUGAUGCUAAUCAAGAUGCUAUCAAGAGUGGAUCUUUCUAUGGUAAGGCAGCUCAACAAGUAAAUAUUCCUAUUCCUGAAGGUUGUACGGAUCCAAAUGCCAAAAACUUCGACCCAACUGCUAGAAGUGAUGAUGGAACAUGCUUAUACACAUUUGAAUAAUCUAAGCAUUAUCCUAUUAAUUAGGUUAAAGGAGGAGAAGCUAAGACUUGAGAUAAUAAUCGAGUAAUUUUAUCAUCUUGUUAAAAUAUUGGAUUGUUGUGCUCUAUAGUUUUGGGAUUUAUUGUGUGCACAAUGUUGAUCGGAUUGGUUGCAUGUUCCAUUUUUGUAUGAAUAAUCAUUUUAUUAAAGUUAUUAUCAAACUCA